GAAUCGUUCGAUUCUCUCUCUCAGAUAAAACCCUAAAGAAGGCCAAAAACCCUUUCACUCGGCGCAAAGUUCAGCUCACAGAUUCGCCUCAACUAUCUCGUUCCCAAUGGCUACUAUACCAGUUAAUCCAAAACCAUUCUUGAACAAUUUGACCGGGAAGCCUGUCAUUGUGAAACUCAAGUGGGGAAUGGAGUACAAAGGUUUUCUUGCCUCAGUGGAUUCAUACAUGAACUUGCAGCUGGCUAACACUGAAGAAUAUAUUGAUGGGCAAUUCACUGGAAAUCUGGGAGAGAUUUUGAUCAGAUGUAACAAUGUUCUCUAUCUUCGUGGAGUACCAGAGGAUGAGGAAAUUGAAGAAGCUGAUAGAGACUAAGUAGGAUUCAGUAAUGGCCUGAGUAGGAUUCCAGUAUUUUAUUUUGCUUCUUCGAGUCAUGGCACCUACAUUGUACUUUAUCCCAUGUAGAGGUCUUCUGGAUGUUCCAUUGCUCAUGCUAACAAUGCCUUAUAAAAGGACUCUCAUAGAUGUAUUGUUCCCUAAGUUGGUUCUGAUUGCCUGCAAAAAAUAUUUCACUUUAUGGUAACUUUUCUUCCAUUGCAUUAAAAUCAUUUCAUGACAAUGAGAAUCAUAUGAGAUUUUAAUUUUUGGUGUAA